AUUCUCUCAGGAUAUAUUUAAAUGCAUAAAAACAUAAUCAAAAUAAAAGUCUUUCGCCUCCGCUUUUCAAUAGCAGAUGCAGUCUAUGCAUAACCCUCUCCUCUCCCUCUGUAAAGUUUACAUCAUGCAGUCUCUGCGUCAUUCACGUGUCAUCGAGGGAAACCGUGCAAUUUCAUAUUCAGUGCAAGAAAAUGUCAUAUUCUCGUGCAGUCUCGUGCCUGCAGCCGCAGAAGCUCGUGCAGUCCUCCCACUGUUAUCUACGUCACAUCUUCCCUGUGGAACACUUUAGUUACCAUGACGACGGCGUUGCAGUUGGUCUGUGAAGGCAUUCACAACUUCGUCCGUCUGUGUUCAGAUCAUAAACACUCAACGGAAAGAAACUUAUAACGACAGAUUUUUAUGUCGUUUUCGGUAGAAAAAAUAAGCUUACAGAAACUCAAAAAUUCAGCAGGGAUUUAACUGGCCUUGUCCUGUUCACACACACAACGUGAUGCAGCAGCAGAAAGAUGAUCAGACACCUGUAAAGAGAGAGGACUGGGAACUUUCAGCACAGGAGGAAGCAUUCGGGGCGCAGCUUUACAAGACACCAGAGAGGAGACAUGUUGAUGACCUGCUGGAUGUCAGUGAGGAGACCUUUGUGAAAGAACUGGAGCCAUAUGAGUAUCAUUGUUACUCUCAAUGGGAAGAUGCUGUUUGGGGUUGGGCCAAAGUUGCUCCACUGAGCUGCAUACUAAUGAGUCAGAACAUCCACAGGAAGCCAAAGCGAAAAGAGGCCAACAAUCUGACCCCUUUGUCUGUUAACCCAACACCUUCCAACGCAGGAAGCUCAGCCAGGAUUGCUGAGCAGCACUGUAAGUCUCACGCAGGCCUGCAUAAAAAAUCACUGAACCAGCAGACAGGAUCUUGGGGUCAAACAGAAUUUGCUGUUCCGAACGCCACGCAGAAAAACAUGACACUUUCCUUCUUUCAAAACAAGACAGAUGAGGAUGGAUUGCUCGGAGAGAACCUUUUGCAGUCUUGCCAUCUGUCCCAAAAGUACUUUGUACUGGAGAGCAGGCUCACCAAGCCUCAGAAGCACAGCCAUAAGCCCAAUAAUAUAGUGGUUCCCAUUACAAACUUCACGUUUUUACCACCUAUCAAGUCACUGCAGCUGAAUCCUAAAGUAAGUGGUCAUGUCUGCAAAGGCAAAAAGGCUCCAGAUGCAGAAACCUUUGAGGAAAACCUUUUUCUUUUUGAUAAAAGGAGUGGAUCAAGAAGAACACGUGUGGAAGCUGUGGUUAACUCAGAUUUUCACUCUAACUCUGCCUUCCUGAAAUCUGCGUACCAAAAAUAUCCACAAAACCUGCAUUUUAUUUCUGCUCUACAUGCUUCUGUCCCCAAGAGGUAUCACGUACCUGUGUCUUCCAAACCCGAUGGAGUGUACCCUACAAUGGGCAAGAGCUUCUCACAAGCAAUGCCACAACCCCAUAUGCAACCCAGUUUCUUAUUCUCCUAAGGAACAAGACUGUAUGUGCUGUUUAGCUCUGUGAGGCCUAUGAAACAUGCUUAACCAGAUGAAAAUGCUAAAUAAAUUCAUGUCUCAAAUUGUCAAAAAGGUUCAGUGUUACGUUAAAGUCCAUCACAGCUAGAUGAAAGUGUUUUCAUCUAGCUGGUUCUUCAGUUUGUACUGUAAAGAAAUGACAGCCUCAGAGGUUAAACUGAGGUCUGCUGGACUAAGAAUAGAGGGAACUGCCUGUAGCAUUGCUAGAGAGAAAUAUUAGUAACUGUGUUUGAUUACAUCUUCAGGAAGAUUUUAUAGACUAGACUACUUGUGUAUUGUUACUGCAGUAACACCGGGACAAAUACAAUCCUCACUGAAGAGUUACCUGAAAACAAACCUUACCAUUAUAAGCUUAAUAAUGAACAUGUAAAGAGGUUUUGUGGCAAUUUAUGGCCUAAAUGAGUAAAGGUAUGUUAUACAAAAAGCAGAGAGCACAGUGAUGGAUCUACUAUGGAAAACUGUGGUGCAGUUGUUAAGGGAGCAUUUUACUGGUUUAGAGUUACUUGGAAGAAUAAAUUGCAUCUGUGAGGGAUCUCCAUAAACGUAAGAAACUACAGUGUUUACUUGUGGAGCAUUACAGAUCACACUAACAUUUUCAACAGACAAGUGGACAGAUUAUUAAAAUGUUACACUAUUGAUUCUUUGGACAGACCUUCAGUUUAUUUCAGCCUAUUUUUAAAAGUGCCUAUACAGUUUUUCUCGUUACCUAGCAACAAUGCUCUUAACAUAUUAUGCAGAUAAAUGGCCACACUUCUUAUUAGGAAUGGUGGCCACUUAUCUGCUCUGGUCACGCAGGGAUCAACUAUUGUCAUUAUAGUACUUGACAAAAAUCUGUAAACUUACCAUGUUUUGUUAUCCAAAGCAACCAGUUAGUGCAAUAUUAUUUGAACUGGGAGGAUCUUUCUUAAAUUUUCUGAGAAUUGUUCCAAGAGCAACAGUAUUGAUCUGAUCUGAUUAUCUGAAUCGUAAAGAGUUAAAAUGAGCAAUAUCCAUCAAACUUAUUAAUUUAAUUGUGCUAUUACUUUUUUCUGCUUUUAGCACAAAAGUGUUAAAAAAGAAAUGAAGGCAUCAUGUGUGUACAUCUGAUUUCUCCCCUAUGCUAAACUCAUAUCCUAAAAUAAACUGAUUAAAGUCUUCU